CGCCGGCGUUAAGAGGAGGUACCAUGCGAAGGGCCAGCGCUGGCCGGACCCGGCUGGAGCAGCUGCUCCCGUUGCCGGCGAACGGCAGCAGCAAAGCCGGUCACUCCAGCCGGAGGAAACCCGGUCCUGGGACGCCUUGGAGGUUGCUCCUCGCCCUGCUGGCUUUUGGGGUGAGCUCCUGCAAAGGUGUACCAGUGAUGUCCCAUGUUCUCCAAGAAGAAAAAGUGUGGAAUGAGAUAGAUGAUAUGUGUUCCGCUAUCCCAGCUAAAGAUAUUCUGCCUCAGCCAUCCAAUGCGGUUGAAGAAUUUUGCUUUAUGGUUCUGGAAUUUCUACAGAAAGACAAGCCGUUGGUCACGCAUCCCUUGCUGCCACUUGUUCCCCAACUUCAUGACAGGAGACAGAAGAGAUACAAAGCGGACGAAGAACAUCGAAUACCUGGAGGAGUUCAAAGCAGAGGAUAUUUUAUGUUCCGACCACGUAAUGGAAGAAGAUCGGCUGCUUUCUAUUAAAAAGGCUUGUUCUUGGAUUACUUUUGGGGCUGCAGAAAAAAAUGGACAUCUUACGUGUUAUUAAAUGUCAACGCUUUUUUUUAAAAGAUACUCUAUCCACAGUACAAAAUUCUUACGAUUAAGAAUGCAAACUUUUGCAUGGUUUACUCACCGAAACGUUCUUGUGUAAUGAGGCUUAUGCUCACAUUAGUGUUUAGCACAGGUUUGUAACCUAAAGUACCAUUUUUAAAGCAUCUGAUCAUUAUUCUAUUCCCUCGUGUUACAAUUUUUGAAAUGGUGUGAAAUUAAAUUAUAAACAAAAGUGUUGUUGCUGCAUGCAUGGAUUUUGUCAGUUGAGUGAAUGCUACACAUAUAUAGUUUCCCCCCCCCAUCCUUUAUUGUAAAUAAAAACAUUCAGUAGAGAGUUGUUUUUAAUGGGAGUAUUUUAAUGAGAAUGUUGCUGAUUGUUAGUGUUAUGCUUUCGGGGCUUCGGGUCUUAUGAUUUCCAAUUAGGCUUGAGUGUUUUUUGCAAUACAACUAAUGCACUAAUAUCCAAAAUAUUUUUAAAUGGGCCCUCUUUGCAUAUUAUGAUAUUAUGAUGUUUCUGCUGUUGAAGCAGGAGAGCAUUGGAAGAGGAGUUAAUAGAAAUGAAGAACGUUCAAAAUCUUGACUUCAUCUCUUUGUGUUACCAUCUACACUUCUUAAACAUCCCCUUCCUGUGGCAUUCAACUUUCUUUAAUGAUACAUUGUCUUAUGCAUAGCCAUUUAAACUUUUUUGAAAAACAUUUCUUUGCUGCAGUAGUCUGCUUCCUACCCAAUCACUAUAUAUUUCCUUGAGAGAGAUGGGAAGUCUAGAAACAUGAAAUUCUAUGUCUGUCUGUCUGUCUGUCUAUCAUAUCUACCUACCUACCUACCUACCUACCUACCUACCUACCUAUCAUCCAUCCAUAUCUAUCCAUCCAUCCAUCCAUCCAUCCAUCCAUCCAUCCAUCCAUCCAUCCAUCCAUCCAUCCAUCCAUCCAUCCAUCCAUCUAUCUAUCUAUCUAUCUAUCUAUCUAUCUAUCUAUCUAUCUAAUCUUUGAAGUUCUUAACAUUUCUCAAUUCUUUUUUCAAUUUAUUAAAUUCUUUAGUAACCAUUUGACGAAAGAAUA